CUGCUCUUCGCGAUCGGGCCAAUCGGAAUCUCUCGGAUGGGGUGGUUUCCAACCGAAUACUAAGUAAGUGAAUAGACCACCCCCCUAUCUUCAUCUCCACGACCAUGUAGAUGGCUAGUAGUAGUAAUCGCUCUUUCCCAGGGCCUAUAGCGAGCCUCAACUUUCUCUCCAGCAUGGUCCAAUCUCGCGUAGACACACACUUCUGAUCGUAUUCUGCUGCCCGAGUCCCUUUCAGCAUCUCGCUUUGACCUCCAUUUGGCCAUUCAUCCCUUCAACCUUGUUCGCAUGACACUCAGCAUCAUAUAAAGAUCUGGUGUUCUCACGCUUGACUUGAACAGUUCACUCAAAAUCAAUCUUCUCACCAAACACAACGCACAGACCUCUUUAUUAGCAACCAUGUCAGCUUCCACCAAGGUUCGUGUCGCCGUCACCCAGCACGAGCCCGUCUGGCUGGAUCUGCACGCCACCGUCGAUAAAACCUGCCGAUUGAUCGCCGAGGCGGCCGGCAAUGGCGCCCAGCUGAUUACUUUCCCCGAAUGUUGGCUCCCGGGGUAUCCAGCAUGGAUCUGGUGUCGCCCCGUCGACAUGGGCCUGUUCACCACCUACCUCAAGAAUUCCUUGUCAUAUGACUCGGAGCACAUGCGUCGCAUCUGCAAUGCCGCUGCCCAGCACAAGAUCACAGUUGUCCUCGGCCUUUCCGAGCGUGAUGGCAACUCCCUCUACAUCGGCCAGUGCACCAUCGACUCCACGGGCAAGAUUGUGAUGCGCCGGCGCAAGAUGAAACCCACUCACAUGGAACGCACCGUGUUCGGAGAAUCUUCCGGGCGGAGUCUCCUAAAUGUGGCGGAUCUGCCCAUUGGUAAAGUGGGUGCGCUCGCGUGCUGGGAACAUAUCCAGCCGCUGCUCAAAUAUCACACCAUGAUCCAAGGGGAGGAAAUUCAUGUCUCGGCCUGGCCUGUUCUGCAUCCUCAUAUGGGGGGCGAGUCACUCUGGGGCAUGUCACAGGAAGGUGGAACGGGUGCAUCCCAGGUGUAUGCGCUUGAGUCGGCAUCGUUCGUCCUGCUCACAACCGCCGUGCUGGGUCCCACAUGCGUAAAGAAGAUGAACUUGUCUCCGCCGUGGGAUACCCUGGGAGGAGGCGCGUCCGCUGUCAUCGCUCCCGAUGGGCGCCGGCUGACGGAGCCAUUGCCCGCUAAUGAAGAAGGAUUCGUCUAUGCAGAUCUGGAUCUGGAUAUGAUAUUGACGUGCCGGCACUUUGUUGAUGCCUGUGGCCAUUAUAGCCGCCCUGAUCUGUUGUGGCUGGGGGUCGACACACGCGAGAAAACCCAGCACCGUCCGGAGGGACAGGCAGACAACACCGCAUAUGGUCUGGAUGUUACUUCAGGCCCUGUAGAGGAAGAAAGUACCUGACCUGGAAAAUGGGUUUCUUGUUCUGGCCAUACCGAUCAUGUAAUUAACAAAC